AUGCGUAUAGACCAAUAUACGAAGUUGAUUGGCAGAAAAGUACUUUUGGUACCUUAUCGCAGGCAUCAGAAUGAGGAAUUACGAAGGUUGACAGCAUCAGAGCGUUUGUCGCUUGAAGAGGAAUAUGAAAUGCAAGCAAGAUUGCUAGUAGGUGAUGUCAAUAUCUUCAUAAACGGUAGCAUUGGCGAACUUACAGUUGUGAUUGCCGAAUCCAAAUGGCGUCGUAAAGGUUUAGGUGAAGAGACGGUUUGGAUAAUGCUAAGAUUUGUAUUUCAAGUGAUCGGAUUACGGGCUUUCGAAGUUAAGAUUUCAAAGGAUAAUGUUAGUAGCUUGAAACUUUUCCAAAAAAUCGGUUUCGUCGUUACUUCGCAGUGCAGCAAAUUUCAUGAAUAUACAUCAUCAAUUGGAGCGCAACAUAUCCUUGAAAUUAUUUCUCGUUUGGAAGUAACAGUGGACAAUGAUGGUAAUUGA